CACACACACACUCAGCCGCCCUGACUUCACGGAGCCUCACUCUGGAGAGGAGCCUCUUCUCUCUGCUCCUGGCGCUGCUUUCUGCUGCUUCCCCGCCCAUCUGUGCUGCCAGCAGCAGCAGCGAAGUUGGCCUCCAACUUGAACGCAACUGAAGUCUCCAGCUCCCAGCGGCUCGGCGGGGCAGCGGGCAGGACCCAGACGCUGAGCUCUUGGGUCUGGACAGCCCACCCUCCAAGCCUUGCUCCCCGGCGACACUUCGGCCCCUGACCUGUGGGCCGCCCCCCCGCCCCCCGGGUCUGGGCUGAGGAAUGGUGCGCUGAGGUCCCUCCGGAACCCCCUUCUCACGGUCUGGAACCGAAGCGGCCCAAGGCUCAAGCCAACAUGGCCAACCCCCUGCAGCCUCAGUUUCCCCCUGCGCGGGAGCCAGGCGCCGCCUCGCCCCUGGACCUGCCUGAGAUGGAGAUGCUCCUCACCAAGGUGGAGGACAAGGGGGACAAGUCCCUGAAGCUGCCCAAGUCCCUCUCAGGGGCUCUGGACCUGGAGCAGAACGGCCACGGGCUGCCCUUCAAGGUGGUCCCCGAGGGGCCCCGGUCGCCCUCCCUGCCCCGGUCGCCCUCCCGUGCCAGCUCCAGGCGGGCGUCCUCCACGGCCACCGCCUCCUAUGCCCAGGACCGAGAAGCCCCCAAAGAUUACCUCAUCCUUGCCAUCGCCUCCUGCUUCUGCCCGGUCUGGCCCCUCAACCUCAUCCCCCUCAUCUUUUCUAUCAUGUCUCGAAGUAGCGUGCAGCAGGGGGACAUCGACGGGGCCCGGAGGCUGGGCCGCCUGGCCCGGCUGCUCAGCAUCACCUUCAUCAUCAUGGGGAUCAUCAUCAUCAUUGUGGCCGUGACCGUAAACUUUGCAGUUCAGAAGAAAUAGAAGUGACCAGGGCUCGGCCAGCAGAGGCAGCCCUGGCCAGCCGGCGUUCCCACCCCACCCCCUCAUCCCACGGAGGACAGGACCAUGACUGCCAAGGGCCCACCUGUCCCCAGGCUCCAAAAGCACCAACUCAGAGGGAACCUCUGUCACCCCUUUGCAGUCCACAUCCGAUGGGAAAAGCCAGAGGAAGAAAGGAAGGAAGGAAACGAAAUGGACUUGAAACCAGUGAAUAAUGUGGUUUAACCUCAUGGACACAGCCUGGCAUUUGCCCCGUGUUCUGGCUUCUUUCUCAUCCCCACUUUCCUGGCAUCUACCGAGCAGCGUAUACUGCCAGCAGGAGCAGAAUCCAGCCCCACAGACGGAGGAGGGGUCUUUGCAUUUUUCUUGAGGAGGGAAGGGGAGGACUGUUUGCAUGUUGUGCCACAUGCCUGCUGCGAUCCCAGCCGUGCCCUGACCUCAGAGGCCGAGUGAUGCUCCGCACGCCCUGGGGCCUCCGGCACACAGACCACAGCCACACUUAACCGCCCCCGCCUCCCCCAUGGCAGGGUGGAGUCGCCGAAAGGAAUGUUGGCGAAGACAGGAACAGGGACAGCACGGCACCGGCCUCUUCCCAAACUUUUUCUGCCGAGAACUAUGGUCCCAGCGAGUCUC